AAAAAAUAAUAACACGCCAUGUGUGGCAGAAAGGCAGGAAUGAUGGCCUUCUGCUCCCUCUCCCUCUAUGCGCUCACUUACCUGGCGGUGCGAGAUUCAAUUCCUAGCAUCCGUUCAAAAAGAUCAACACAGAGAGAAACUGUGGGUUCUAAUGUAUCAUCAAAGCUGUUUGAAAUGUCAUUACUUCAUGCUAUAAAUGAGUUCAACGAUGAAAAAGAUCAUUUAUUGCAUAAAGAUGGUGCCCAUAAUCAAAGUGAGAUACCAGAACUUACCCUGAAAUACGUGGAAAAGUUAAAUCAAAGUGCGACAACCCUCAGCACAACCACAAAUACAGAUCAAGUGAAAGAAGAUGAUAAUGAUCUGAGGAGAUUUUCUAAAAUCAACAGCUUAUUGCAGAAACAGCACCUAAAUGGAAACAUUAUAAAAAUACAGAAUAGGAAGUCCUUACUUCAACAUCUCCUCCAGCUGCCCACUACUGAAGCAUCGCCAGUGAAAGAAACCAAGCCUCCAAGUAAAGUGGUUGCUGUUGUUGAGGUCUUGGAUGGUGGUAACACUUCACAGUCUAAUGUUACAGAACCAGUUGUAAAGAAAAGUGUACCUGAAGGUAUUCUAAAAGAGGAAGAAAAUGAAACCAAUUAUUUGGCUGCUCAAAUGGCAAAAGAAAUCAAUGAUUUUUUGCAGAAUCAUUUAUUAGCUAACAAGACAGCUGGAAUACUAACCUCUGACUCUCUGCGUAGCUAUGAACCAAGGUUCACAGAACUUCUUGGAAAACUUAACGUAACGAUAGCUACGGCAGCAAGUAACUUUACAGCAGACAAAAAGAAAGACCUUCUAAUCAGUGAACGUACUUUGCUUCAGAUCCUCGACCUCUGCAGUUCUAUACUUAAAAAUCUCAAUAGUCAAUUGUCAGGAAACUCGCAACACAAGGUUCGACCAGGCAAAUAUUCUUCUGAGAGAGAAGUAUUAGUCAGGAUAGAACCUGAAUGGGAAGAACGAGACCGAAUGAAUCACAUUAUUCAUUUGUUUUAUCAGCUGGAAGAAAUUCUUUCCAAUCUGAAGAUAAUUUUGAAAAAGGACAAGGAAGGAGAGAAACACAACAUGGCAGAACACCUUCUGGAUCAAUCACUUAGUGUGGUUAGUCAAUUGGAACAGAUCCCAUGGCUGAAAGGGAGAAACUCUUUGACAGACUUUGAACCGGAGACUUUAAGAGACCUUGCAGGAGGAUUGUCAAAUGCAGAAUUGAUCCCACACGAAACAGCAAAUGCAUCAGUCUGAGGAGAGCACCAUUCAGGGACAGCAUCAAGUUAAGCAAUUAGAGCUGUCUGCAAUUGGAAAUGGCAAUGGCAAUGGUCCUUCCAAAAGAAGGAAAUCAGCAUUUUGAAAGGAAUGAUAGUUGAAAUGAACUUUAGGAGUUAAAACAGUAUAUAAAUACAUAUGUUGUAUAUCUACCCUCAGAAAC